GUGAAGUUGCUCAGUCGUGUCCGACUCUUGGCGACCCCACGGACUGCAGCCCACCAGGCUCCUCCGUCCAUGGGAUUUUCCAGGCAAGAGUACUGGCGUGGGGUGCCAUUGCCUUCUCCAGGAAAGCACUGUAGAAGCUUAGAAAUAUCCGGAGACAUCUCAAAACGAAAUGAAAAGUAAUUUCCCAAGAAAAAAUGUUAGAAAACGCUACAAUUAAAAUAUCUGGGGCCAAAAAAAGAAAGAAAAUUACCGUUUGGAUUACGCCUCGUUGUGAGGCAUCAGUUCAGUUUAGUUCAGUCGCUCAGUCGUGUCCGAUCACGCGACCCCAUGGACUGCAGCAUGCCAGGCCUCCCUGUCCAUCACCGACUCCCAGAGUUUGUUCAAACUCAUUGUAAGGCAUAAUAUGGUCGAAAUUGGUUCUGGUGUUUUUUUUUGUUUUUUUGUUUUGUUUUUUUUUCCCAGAGUGAGUGCAAAGUUUAGCAUUAGACCAGUUCCAAACCACUGGAAUACCAACAACCAGAUUUCAGUCUCAUUUUUUUUCAUAGGAAUCUCUUACCUUAGUUAAGUAUGAGCUCCAACAGAAUGGCUUGAGCACUUGUCAGCAAUCAACUGCAGAGCUAAAAACAGCUCUGACUUACUCCUCAAAAGAAUUUCGGAGGGUUGUAGUUUUUAGUAAAGAUACUAAGAUGAAGAAAGAUUUCAAUAACUGCUGAUUGAAAUGUCUCAUUCUGGGAAUCGGAGUAUUUCACUUUGCUUUCAACAAAUUCUCAAAAUUUGCAAGCAUCUGGAAACUUAGUGCUAUAGGAAGAAUCUAUUUCCCUUUUAAUGAUGGAUGAAGAGUGAAUGGACUAGAGCUACAAGAUGAAUAAGGAGUCCAACUUAUUUUCAGGUACUAUUAAAUAUCCCAAUCUGAAUGGUUUUUUCCCCAAAUCAGUGGAUAGUGGGUUCCCAGUGCCGAUUCCGACACUGUGAAGAGGCCCUUGGCAGUGACACAGUGUGCUCAUUAUGGAGAGAGGGAAAAUGUUUAGAUCCACUUUGCAGAUUUAGACACAUGGAAAUGCAGCAAAACUGCAGUAUUUCAUGCUUCUGGGAAACUCAGCCUCUUGGUUGUGUGAAGAUCAGUUGUAUCUUUUAUCACAGCAAACCUCGAAAUAUCAAUGGAUUAUUUUUGCCACCAAGUAGCAAUAUCACUCUACAGAAAGAAACUCAGGAAGGAAUUCCACCCCCAACCCAGAGUCAGGAACCUCUAAAACCUCAGGAGAAUAUAUCACGACCCAUUCACCAUCCUUUAGUUUUAAAAACUAACUUUGAGGAAGAGGAGGAGGAAGAAGGUGAACAAAAUGAUGCUUCUAGUUUAUGGACAAAGACUCCUGAAGAAAUUGAAGAAAAAAGAGCAAUAAAGGAGAUGUGUUAUAAAUCUGGUGAAUACUACAGAGUUCAUACUCCUUCAGAUAUCUCAUCAUCUAAAAGCAUAGCCUCUAUAGUGGAAAAAGAGAUAGAAAAGUCUUUGGAAAGUGGCAGUGAAUUGCAAGAAGGGGAUGGUCUGACAGUUCCAACAAAAUUCAGCCUAUUUGAAAGGCAAGGUGAAAUAAAAGCAUCAUUGGACAGGAAACAAAGGACUGACAUUGCUGCUUUUGAAAAUGGAGGAGGUGACUGCUACGUUCCACAGAGAAUCAUAUUUCUUGGAGUAGAUGAAAAUGAAGCUUUAACUGAAGAGAAAGAAAGCACCAUAUCACAAUGUUCAAAUGCUAAAGUGAAUGAUGUCCAUCCAGUGAUGAAGCCUCAUUUUAAAGGUGUGAAAAAAAGAAAAUGGAUAUAUGAUGAACCAAAGAACUUUCCUGGCCCAGGGAUGCAGAGAGCAGUACAGGCUUCAAAUCCCAAAAAUAAAAUGAGUUACCAUCGGAAUAAUAAAAACAAAAAUUCUGAGAAUGCAUCCUAUAUCCAUGUUCAGAGAGAUACUGUCAGAACUGUCUCAUUGAAUGCACCUCCUCACGGCAGGCCUCCACACGGGUCCUACAAUAAAGCUGAUGUUAACAAGGAACCCAAAUUCGAGCUCUGUUCAGAUAAAUAUAUGUCAACAUCAUAUAAUGGUUCAGCGUGGCGAAAAAGAAUUCCUUUUUCAAAAACGUAUUCAAAAAAUGAAAAGAUAUAUACAGGGCACAGUGGAGAGAUUGCAGCAUUUCCCAGUGGACAGAUGGCCUGUGGAGAGAGGAGGCAGAAAACACGAGCUGCCACUAGUCUGUUCCUCUGAGGAAUACCUGAGCGCCAAGGCCAGAGGAAGUGUAAAUGGAGCCAAGAAGAAAUGGGAGCAAGUAAACCUGGAGGUUGAGAGAAGAGAAAAAUGAGAAAAGAGAAAAGUGCCAGAAAUCAUCUGAUUUACAAUCAAAAAUGAAAAUUCAAAGAAUGAGAUAUUCAAGUACUCCAUACUAUAUACUGGAUAGCCAAAGAUGAUAAAAUGCAAAUUCUGAAAAUAAGAUGCAGGAAGUACAUUGUGCUCUUUCAAAACUGAUAAAAAUGCAAAUUACAAACAGCUGCCUGUGUAUUUGUAUAGGUCUGGGAUUCAUUCGAUGCAUUGCCACAAACAUUUAAUAAAAUUUAAAAGUUUGACAAUUAA